UGGCAACAAACAAAGUGAUUUGGAUCAAAAGUAUCACAUAAAUCAAAAUGAACGAUAUUACGAUGAAAAUUCCGACAGCGAGCAAGCUUUUGAAACUUCCAGAAGACUCAAAAGUCGGGGAAGAAGUUGAAAUUCCCAUUUGUAACAUUCUUGGACUCCACUUGACUGGAUUCUGGACGGUUCUGAACACAGCUAACGGAAAAUUUGAAAUAAGAUGUGAGAAGGAAAGUCUGUUUCGUUGGAAAUUCUUGGCUCAGAUGGACCUUCAGUUUACUGGGGAAGGGAAGGUUAUCAACAUCAAAAACGAAAUUGAGUUCUCUCCAAAUGUUAAUACGAUCAUGAUUAAAUCUAUUGAUCGAAGAUACAAUCAGGUGAAACUGAAAAUUACUCGAAAGUCAUCUUUUGGAAUUGCAAUCGAAGAUUUCAUUGAUUUUGAAAAGAAGAGCAAGUGGUUGGAUGUCCUGAUUCGAUCUGAAGAUGGAAAGAAAAUGAUAUAUGCCAAUUCUGGAAUACUUGCUUUGAAUUCCCCGAUUCUUAAGCAAAAACUGGAAAACAACAAGUUAGCUGAAAUUAUAAUGCCAUUUGAAUCCUUUGUUUCAAUGAAAAAACUAAUGAACUUUCUUCAUCCUCCUUUCAAAAUGGAACGGGAAAAUGUUGAACAAGUUCUGGAUCUAGCCUCAAAAUGGGAAAUGAAGUCGGUUAUCACAAAGUAUGAGCAAUUUCUCAUCAAAACACGUUGUCACUGCCAACGAUCUUCAAUUCAAGAUGUCAAAUUGGCGGAAAAGUUCAAGAUGGCAUCCCUUCUUGAAGAAAUUAUAAAUGACGGAGAAACUGAUGUUUUUGCUUUACUUGAUGGAAAUGAUUAUAGCUCUUGGACUCGUGCAGCAAUGUUCGAAUUUAUUGUUAAUGAUGAAGAUGAGAACACAAUUCAUGAAAACUGAACACUCGAUUGAAUUCAGAUUUAUAAAAUAAAUAAACUUCAUUUUUC